AUGUCGCUCGCCGACGAGUCCAACAACGACGACACGGGCCAGAAGAUCAAGAGCCUGUACUUCGACAUCCUGAACAGCAAGGGCACCAAGGGUACCUACGCCGAGUCUGACAACGAGGAGGACGAGAAGAAGCACGUCAAGAAGCUCAACAAGAAACGGGCCAAGGAGCUGAGGAAGCAGCAGAAGAAGAUCCGGAUCACGGACAAGAAGGAAGGCUCGAGCUCCGACGAGCUGCCCUUCUUCAUGCGAGACGCCAGCAUCAUCGCCGCCCAGAAGGAGCGGGCCGCGGAGGCGGCAGCAGCGGCAGCCGAAGCUGCGCGGGCAAAGAAGAAGAAGAGAAAGAAGAGCAGCUCAUCUUCUGACGAUUCUGACGAGGAUUCUUCUUCUGACGACAAGAAAAAGAAGAAGAAAGACAAGAAGAAAAAGAAGAAGGACAAAAAGAAGUCCAAAAAGGCGAAGAAGAAGGAUUCGUCUUCUUCGAGCUGA